UCCCGAUAGACUUUUUGGUUGAUUGACGUUCACCAUGGCCAACGCUGACGCCGGCGCUGGCCUCCCCAAUACCCUCCUUGAGCAUUCACGUACAAGUAAUCGCAACACACCGCCAUCAAGACCACGAACAGCAGUGGCGGACAUCCUUGCAGGGAAAACCUUUUCCGCAUUCCAGAAGAUUAAGAAGGAGCCAGUGAGUCCGAAGGGUCUCCGCAGGCCGGAAUAUGCUCCAACCAGUCAACCUGAUGUGAUGCCUCCACCGUUGGCCCUUCCUCUGGCCUCUCCUCCACCUCCAGUAGCUGCUACACCCCCGAAGAUUGUUGCAGACGAGACUGCACGGUUGGCGCAGCUCAAGCUUGCUAAAGGUGCAGUGCGUGAUUUGGUUAAGUGGGGUAUCUCGUUCGAGCAAAUCUGUGCCCAAGGUAUCCGUGCAGAUAUUGUAACAGAGAUAUUUAAGGAGUUGGGCAUUCCCACCGGCAAGACACUGGCGCCAGAAGUGACAUCAUUAUCAACCAGUGAUCUGUUGCAGAUCGAUGAACCAAGCAUGACUUCUUCGACCAACACUGCUUCGAAUUCACCAGUACCAGCAAAAGGAUCUCCGGCGACCCCGGCCUCGCCAGUAGACGUGCAACGUAGACGGAAGAGGCCAGUUGCAGCUGAUUUUGAUUCGCCUGUUGUUCCCGAAGCGCAACGCCGUUGCUUUGGUGCGGAACGGCACCCGCCCGUGCUGAUUGAUUUCUCUGACGACGAAGAUCAUGUAUCGCAGUCAAGGACCGCAACGCUUCAAGCGGCAAAGAGUACCCUGGCGACAGUACAGAGUGACCAAGGCAAUGGCAACGCUGCGUCUGAUGAGCUGAGACGGAAGGAAGAGGAGAUCAAGAAAAUGAUGGAGCAGAUCGCGCGUAUGGAGGCGAACAAGAAGAAGACGGCUUCUACGACCUUGCCAGAGAGUGAAGCAAACGCUUUGAGGGUCAUCAGGGACGCAACCAAGGACAUCGACCAAGAACGCUUGCAGAGGCUCGAAGCCGAGGUGGAAGCUGGAGUUAAAAGGCGUGACGAAAUGGCUGUCAAACGUGAAGGCCUGAAGACCGACGUCGACCGUCUGGCAACGACCUGUUCCGCGAACGAAGAGCGUCUGAAAGAUGUCACCUCCCGCCUCGACGAAGCACGCCGGCUCGUGCUCAAAAUGGACGAUGAACGCAUCGUGCUCCAAAAAACCCUCGACGAACAACGCGCUGCCCUAACCACAUUCCAGAAGACCUUCGACGAAUACGCAUCAACCCAUGAAGCCGUCGAGAAUGACUUGAUCACUAAACGAGAGGAAAUUCAAAAGUUGAGAGAAAAGUUGCCAAGACGUGAAGUUGAAGAUGUAAACCUCUCGCGCCUUUCUCUUCCUCCCCCUCCUACAGAGGACGUCCUGAGUCCACGUACAACAAUGGCGAGGUUAGUGAGGCGACCGAGCCUUACUAACCCUUCCCCUUCUCUUACGCAUGUAAGAGUGAUCAAGCCACCCGAAUCACCUACUGAGUCAGUUGCGACGAACGUCACAGAUACGAGUGUGAUCUCCGCCUACGUACCUCCGCCAGCCCUCCCACAGAAACCCAAAGGACCUCCGGCAAGGCCUGCGGGGUUGAUCCAGUCAUACGUCCCGCCGGUUCCUCUGGCUGGGAAGAAUGGUCAGAAGCAACAGCAACCGAAGCGGAAAGGUCCCGUGAUGGUUUUUCGCGAAGAAGUCAUGGAGUCGACAAAAGAAGACAGCGUUGUGGAUGAGGCGGAAGAGAUGAGUGUGAUUUCGUCGGAUGAGUCUGGUGAGAUACAGGAGUCCAAUGAGUCUGUUGAAGUUGAGGAAUCUGAGGAGGAUGAGGAUGAUGAGUCUGAAGAUAGCUCGGAAGAGGAGUUUUCGGAGUCUGAGGAUGAGAGUGACGGUUCUUCUAGCGAAAGUGAAGAGCUGAAAUUGAUUGAUGGAGCGGAAACGGCGACGGACGGCAUGCAGGAUGUCGUUAUGACUACAAAUCCUGCUCCGGUUGCUGAGCCUGAGAGACCUGGGACGCCGAAGCCCAAGUUUACCCCAUAUCAGAGCGCACUACGUUCCUUCCGUUCAUACAGGUUUCAUCCGUUGUAUGCGUCGAACACCGAGCAGCAGUAUCGCUCGGCCACCUACAGUCACAAGAUCGAUCCAAAGAUCAGAAUGUGCUUAUACGAAACUUCUGGCGGCACGUGUAACGACGACACCUGCGAAUCCCAACACUUCCGCGAUACCAACAUGGACGACAACGAAAUCCUCGCAGACCUGAUCAAGGUAGUCGAAGGCGAAACCGAAGAAGAGCGCAAAGCUUACAAAACAGGACUACACAAGGCUGUGAUGAAGAUUGGGAAGAAGACAGAUAAGAGUGCCGGGGUUAAUGAGAUUGCGGAGACGAUUGCGGAGUAUCGCAAGAAGUGGUUUGAGAAGAAGAAACAGCAGGGGCGGGUUUUGGCGUUGUCGUGAGCGCGGGCUUUCGUGAUGUCCGUUUGACUCUGGCAAGCUGCAAAUGACGCCGUAUCCUUAAUUUUAGCUUUAGUGUAUCAAUACCAUGAUAGCAUCGUUCGCAUGCGGCAUUCCUAGGCAG